AUGGAAUGGGUCAAGUUUGGCGAUUCGGCUUCGGUACACGCAGCCAAUGCGAAGCACGGCAUCAGUGAUAGCCGCAUCAGCAACAUUGGCCCCGACGUUGGUGCAUCUCUGCCUCCCUUCUGGACCUACAGUCACGAGACCCUUCCUUCUCGCUCUACACCCUGGACCAAUGUCUCUCUCCUCACCAACGUCUGGACCGGAGUCACCCCAGCCAUCAUUCAGCACGACAUCAACAACUACAAGACCGACUCCCUGCGCGAAUCAUGGUGGUCCAACAUUUGGUACCAGAAGUACGGUCGCAAGAUGUUCGACGUGCACGUCCAAUCGCCCAUUGGUCCUGUUGCCAUCUCCGGCUACGAUGCUGCAUCUCGCCGCCAAUGGUGGAGCGCAGAGGACUGGAAGGGCGGUGCCAGAAACGAAACCAGAUUCUGGUGGAGAUAUGAAGAUGUCUGUGGAGGAACAGAGCAAGAGGUCUUCAGGGACAAGAAGGGUCCGUGGUACCUGCCAUCUAACCAUUAG